AUGGGUGGAUCUGCGUCGCAACUCACGGCAAUUCAUGCUCCUUCUGGGGUGAAAUGGAUUGAGGGUGGUUAUGGGUUAUCGAACAACAAAAAAGGCGUCAAUAGUAGUAAUGCUGAUAAUGGUGGUGGUUUGGGAAGCGAUGGGUCGAGUACUUAUUGGACAACAUAUCCUUACUAUUAUAACUUAGACGAGUAUCCUAGAUUGUAUGAUGGGUGUUGUUUCAGGUGCCAAAAUUGUAAGAGGGCAUUUACUAGAGUUGAAACUUUGUCAGUGUCGCCUAUGGUGAUAGGAAAAGAGGCUUAUUAUUACUAUUGGGGGUUCCUUCCAAUGGGAUUUGUGGUGGGGAAUUCUGAAGGUAUGAAGAGUGGAGGUGACAAUGGGUAUCCCAAUUGGAUGUCACCCAUGUUUGGGUUGCAGGCGGAUGGUAUUGUGGCAGUGGAUAUUGGUACACUCGUGCUCACAACGGGUGGCAGUGUUUUGUGGCGAUGGAUAUUGGCACACCCGUGCCACAACAGGUGGCAGUGUUCUGCGAAACACGAAUGUGACGCAGCUACUGUUGGUACCAGUAACUUCAACUAG